AAUUUAUAACAAAACCGAGUUUUUUUUUUUUUUCCAAACUGAGUUUUCUAUUUGCCUUCCUCGACAACACCUAAAUCGGGGGUAAAAGGAGAAAAGGAAAUAAAUAUAAGAUUCUUCUCUCCAAUGGCGAAACUAACGACGGAGUCUCCUGUCUGCCGAAAAAUUGUGCAUUCUUUCUUGGAUUUUCUUGAUUCCGUUCAAGUUGCUCCUGGUGUUGACGAGGAAGGGCUUGAGGUUGCUAAAGAAUGCAUAAAGGAAGCAUUUAAGAUCACUUCCGAUUCUGCCAGGGACUAUAACUCUAAACCCGUUUCGCUUGUUAGUAUCUUCACUUCUCCUGUAGAUGAGUCUAGUUCUUCAUCAGCUCCUGACUUGUCCAACUCUGUGGAUGCAAGCAAAGAACCUCUCUCUAAGGGAACUUGUAGAGAUGAACUAUUUGGCCAACUCUUUGGUGCGCUUGAGAAAGUUCGGUAUUUCAAUACCACGCCUAACGGAGUUGAUGAUCUUGCUCAGCUGGAGAAAGCAACCAAGAUAUUUCAUGAUGCUAUCAGUGAAAUGGAAAGUUCUGGAUGCCAGACAUUUGAUGCGAAAAGCUUGGCAGAAACAUUCAAGUGCCAAGGUAACAAGGCCAUGCAGUCCCAGCAGUAUCUGGAGGCAAUCGAGCUGUAUUCUUUUGCAAUUGCACUCUCAGAUAAAAACGCUGUUUUCUACUGCAACAGGGCUGCUGCAUAUACCCAGAUAAACAUGUGCUCAGAAGCAAUCAAGGACUGUCUUAAAUCCAUUGAGAUAGAUGCAAACUAUAGUAAGGCUUACAGUCGCCUUGGGUUAGCAUAUUAUGCUCAAGGAAAGUAUGCUGAUGCUAUUGAGAAAGGCUUCAAGAAAGCUUUGGAGUUGGAUCCGCAUAAUGAAUCUGUCAAAGAAAACAUCAGGGUGGCUGAACAAAAACUAAGAGAAGAACAACGACAGAGACGUAAUCAGAAUACAAGCACGGGACGUAAUCAAGAUCCGGGAAUGGGAGGGCAAGGAAUACCUUCUCAGUUCUCAAUGCCUUUAAACCCUGAUAUGAUGAGCAUGUUCAUGAACAUGGCGGGGAACGGAGGAGAUGGUAACAGAAAUGGUACAAAUGAGCCUGAGAUUCGUGUAGGCGGAAACAUCAACAUAGAUCUUGGCGCUGCUGAUCAAAUGCCUGAAGAGUUUUCAGGUGCAUUGCGAUCAAUGAUGCAAAUGUUUGGAGGAUCACAGGAAGGCAACAAUAACAAUCCUCAAGGUACUAAUGGUGCACAUGGAAGACCAUCUGGAAAUUAAACCCUUAAAAGAGUCAUGUGUGUUUCUAAAGUUAUUAUAUGGUUUCUCAGUUUGUGCUCCAUAGACUUUUUUAGGUUUUGAAUUUUAACAGCAGACUGAUGUAAUGAAGUGAUGUUAUUACAAAAUGAUGUUCUAAGAUUUUGGUAUACAUACAUGAUGAACAUGAGCAAGUGAAAUU